AUGCCGGGCUGCGGAGGCCCCGCCGGCCUCGCCUCGCCUUCCGGGCCGCCGCCGCCCCUCGCCCGCCGCCCCGCCGCCGCCGCCGCCGCCGCCUCCCGCAUGGCCCGCCGGCCCGAGCUGCUGUGCGGCGCCGCCGCCUUGCUGGCCGGAGCCUUCCUGGCCGCCCUCAAAGUCACCUGCAGCCGCGCAAAAGAUGUGACGAUGCCAGCAAAGCUUCCUGUGAACUUCUUCUCCUCUACGUCGCCAGUCAUUGAUUUUUUCCUGGGGCAGCUGGACCACGCGGAGCUUGUCCGCCAAGACUCGGAAGUCACCCUCUUCUUCUUCUACGCCCCCUGGUGCGGGCAGUCCAUUGCGGCCCGGGAAGACAUUGAGAAGGUGGCCAUCAGCCUGGCAGACCAGGUGUUGUUUGUCGCCAUCAACUGCUGGUGGAACCAGGGGCGGUGCCGGAAACAGAAACACUUCUUUUACUUUCCAGUGAUCUACUUGUACCAUCGGAGCUUUGGGCCCAUUGAAUACAAAGGACCACUGAAUGCUGUUUACAUUGAAAAAUUUGUUCGCCGGGUGAUGACCCCGCUGCUUUAUAUCUCGUCCCAGUCCAGUCUGCAGCGGUUUCUCUCCAGCUACGAGCCUGGAGUCUUGGGAUAUUUUGAAUUCAACCAUUCGCCUCAGCCCCCAGGUUACUUGACAUUCUUCACUUCAGCCUUGCAUUCCUUACACAAAGAUUAUCUUGGGACGAUCCACUUUGGUGUGAUCACAGAUAAGCUGAUUGCGAAAGAAAUCCCGUUGACCAACUCAGGAAGUGUCUACCUGCACAGACACAUCAACACCUCUCUGCUCUAUCCACAUGAAGCCAUGAACUACACUGCUGAAAAUAUUUGCCGGUGGGCCCUGGAGAACCAAGAAACGUUUGUCCGCUGGCUGAGACCUCAUGGAGGGAAAAGUCUCUUGCUGAACAACGAGCUCAAGAAGGGUCCGGCACUGUUCCUGUUUCUCCCGUUUGACCCCUUAGCAGAAAAUCAGCCGCUUGUUGAUGAGAUUUCCAGCCUGGCUUUGGCCUACAGCAGCUGCAACAGAAGUGGCCCUGGAGGGCCAGGCACCGACCACUUGUGGGGAGGAGGAGGAGGGGGAGAGACGUCGGCCACCGCCAUCCCCCUCCCACUGGCUGAGCCCUUCCCUGUCUCCCCGUCCCCAUGCUGCAACACAGUGCUGCUUCCGCCUCAGCUGCCCGCCAUCUCCCGGACCCAUAACGUGUGUGAGCUGUGCGUCAACCAGAGUGUGGGGGUCCAGCCAAGCCGCCUGGGCAGCCCCCACUGCAGCUUCUUUGAGAUUGAGGCGGCCCUGGACUCUUUCUACCUCAAGGAGCGGACUUUCCUCCAGGUCGUCUCCAAGAGCGCCUCCUUGUGCAGCAACUUCCUGAGUUUUUACAGCCCAUUCAGCUACUACACGGCGUGCUGCCGGACGGUGCCCAGGGGCACUCUGGGUCUCUUUGGCUCCCCCAGUACCCCUCUGCUGCCCCUGGAAAUGGCCUUUUCUUCCCGUGGGAAGAGGUGGACAGAGGAACCCCCCCGCUCUACACCUCACAUUGAGGUCAGAGAUGGUCUGCUCUUGGACGGGUCUGUCCCCCGCUCGGACCUCACGGGAUUGAGUUGCCGGACCAACAAGACCUUAAACCUUUACCUGCUGGACUCGAAUCUCUUUUGGAUGUACGCGGAGAGGCUGGGGGCACCGAAGGUCGCCUCUCUGAAAGAGUUUGCUGUCAUCGUGGACCUGAAGGAAGAGGCGCACUAUGUCCUGGGUCAGGGCCAGGCCCUGAUCCGAUCUCAUCUAGAAACUUUUAUUCGGAACUACAGUGUUGUGUACAGCCCGCUGAAAAGGUGCCUGGUGGGUCAUACGCGGCCGGCCCACUCCGGCGCUCAGCACAGAAUCAGAGAAGUUGCCACAGACACUUUCCAGGAGGUGGUGCUGAGGAGUGACAAGGAUGUCUUGCUGCUGUAUUACGCUCCGUGGUGCGGUUUCUGUGCGGCUCUCAACCACGUCUUCAUCCAGCUUGCUCGGAUCCUGCCCAAUAAUUUCAUUGUGGCAAGGGUUGAUGUUUCUCAGAAUGACCUUCCCUGGGAAUUCAUGACGGACCACCUGCCGAACAUUCUGUUUUUUCCUCUCCAGAGGAAGGAGCAAAGUGUGAAGUUUCCCGAGGACUUCCCAGUCACCCUUCCCAACCUGCUCAGAUUCCUCCUCCGCCACACGAGCCCCCCGCCCCCUGGGGCCGGCUCCCAGCCCGACCUCCUGCAAGGCCGCCUCUCCCUCCUGGAAAGGGAGAUCCAGCAGCUGCGAGUGGAGGCCCGGGCGCUGCGGGAGGCGCAGGCGCUGCUCAGGGCCCAGCUUUCGGAGGCCAGGAAAGAGGAGCAGAGGCUGCAGCGGGAGAGCCAGGCCUUGCAGAAGCAGCAGGGCGCCCUGCAGACCCUCUACAACCAGAAGGCCAGGGAGCUGGCGGAAGUGGCUGGCAAGCUGCAGGAACUGGCCCAGGCCUCCCAGACCCUGCUGGCCGAGAACACGCUACUCAAAGUCCUGCUGGCGUCGGUGGAGAGGAAGCGGGGGGCGGAGCUGGAGUCGGGGCUCGCCCAGGAGGAGGCUGGCCUGGUCGUGCCGGCCGGGGAAAAGAAUGAGAACGCCCCCCUGGAGACCAGAAUUGCUUCGGAGCACAGCAAAGAGAACUGGACAGAGUAA